UUUUCACUAAGCGAGGAAGAAGUCUGUGUGGAGCAAUAGCCCUGAUAACUUGAGCUUAUUCUAACAAUCUGUCCAGCAUGUCUAAACAAGGAGAUGAUUGCUACUUCUAUUUCUAUUCCACGUGUACCAAGGGGGACAGUUGUCCCUUCCGUCAUUGUGAAGCUGCACUGGGAAACGAGACUGUCUGCACACUCUGGCAGGAAGGGCGCUGCUUCAGGAGUAUCUGCAGGUUUAGGCACAUGGAGAUUGAUAAAAAACGCAGUGAGAUCCCUUGCUACUGGGAGAAUCAGCCAGUUGGCUGUAAGAAAUUAAAUUGCGCUUUCCAUCACAACAAGGGACGCUAUGUCGACGGACUCUUCCUACCUCCAAGCAAAACUGUGCUGCCAAGUAUGACUGAGUCUGUAGAAGAGGAGGUGAAGGUGACCCAGAUCUCGCUGCAGCAGAAUAAACUGUCUGUCCAGUCCAAUCCCUCCCCCCAGCUGCGGGGGGUGAUGAAAGUGGAAAACUCUGAAAACGUUCCCAGCCCCACUCAUCCUCCAGUCGUAAUCAAUGCUGCAGAUGAUGAUGAAGAUGAUGACGAUCAGCUUUCUGAAGAAGGAGAUGAAACUAAAACACCUGUUCAACAGCCAGCUACAGAAACCCAUAAUGGAUUGCGGAUAAUUUCUACUCGGAAAUCCAGUGCUAAUUCAAAACAAGAUAACAGUUUGAAUUUUGGAAUAAAAACACUUGAAGAAAUCAAGUCCAAAAAAAUGAAGGAAAAAUCACAAAAACAAGGUGAAGGCCCCUCUGGAGUUUCUGUUUAUCCCCUCCAAUCCCAGACCAUUCCUGGUCCGGAAAAGGAAAACCUACGGACGGUGAUCAGGACUGUUACCUUGUCUGCAAAGCAAGGUGAGGAGCCUCUGAUUCGAUUGAGUCUCUCGGAGAGACUAGGAAAACGGAAACCCUCCAUAGAUGAAAGUGGCCCUCCAUUGAAGCGUAGCCUUGCUGAAAGGCUGGGAAAGAAGCUUGAAUCUCUGGAGAAGACUGACAAAGCACCAAAGAGAGUUCAAGUCCCCAAGUCUCUUAAGGAGAGGCUAGGAUUGCCAGCUGAGCAGACUAGCACGGAGACAGAGAGAGCUGCAAAACCAGCAGGUGAGAUCCGUGUGAAAACACUAGAAGAAAUCCGUCUUGAGAAAGCCAACCAGAGACGGGGAGAACCUCAAACCAAACUCAAGACUGAAGAGACUUGUAGAACAGAAGAUCCUAAUCCAAGGGUGAAACCUUCCCCAACAAUUAGAAUCAAAACCUUUUCUGAGGUUCUGGCUGAGAAAAAAAACAGGGAGUUAGGGGAGGAAGAUCAGCUAAAAGUGGAGGAAAAGCUAAAAGCGGAGGAAAGUCCUACCAAGCCGAAGACUGAGAGUGAGCCCAAGAAGCAGGGCACUGCAGCUCCACCUAUAGCCAGCAAAGGGCAGCUGGAGGAGUCAACAGGCAAAGCCAUGUCAAUAGGGGAGGUGCGCAUUAAAACAUUGGAGGAGAUCAAGCAGGAGAAAGCUCUGAGGAUGCAGCAGAGUGGAGAGAACACCCUAAAUACGCCACCGCAACCUGAGCUUACUCCCACCGGGAGGAGAUUACUGCGCAUUACAAAGCUGACAGCACCUGGAAGAGAAGAAAAGAAGUUGGUGGAGUCGAGCAUUCCGCCCCUCAGAGCUGGCCCAACAGACAAGGCUGCAGAGUCUUCAGAUGAGAGUGCAAACAACUCUACAGUUCAAAUGAAGAGUUCUCAAGAAAUAGUGAGGGAGAAGCGGCAGCUGAAGCCACGGCAGAAGGAGAAGCUCCAGAAGAAAAUAUCUGCUAUGUCAUCCCCUGGAGAAGAAACGAUUGAAGAGAAGAGCCCAGUGGCCGGAAGUCCUGAAUCCACUGUGACGCCUGGGGCAACUCGUCGGUUGACAAAGAGACUGACUGUGAAAUCAGAGGAAGCAGUGAUGGAAAGUCCAGGAACAGAGGGUUCAGUACUACCAGUGAAACAUGCAGCUCAGUCUCUGGAGCGAAAGGCUAAAGCCAAACCCAAGGUGACUGUGAAGCCAUCAGGCGUGAAAACCAUCUCCCCUGCAAAACAGGCCCUGAAACGUAAGGUGGCUGAAAGUCAUCCUUCUGCCAUAGCAGCUGUGAAACCACUAAGCAGCACUAGCAGUGACUUGAAGGAGCUCCCAGCUAAAAAAGCAGCUGUGACUACUGUUCUAGCCGUGCCAGAGGAUAGUCCGGCCACUGUACCGGAGAGAGCAAAAUCCAGAGACAGCCCUGAGUUGCAUAUAGGAAGCCAAGCAGCCUCUGUGGCUCAGUCAGAGAUGUCAAGCCCAACCUCUUCACAGGCAGCAGUCAAGACCCGCAGGCUGAGCUCCACCACAGCUGGGAAAGCACCCUUAUCCGUAGAAGAUGACUUUGAGAAGCUGAUUUGGGAAAUCUCUGGAGGCAAACUGGAAGCAGAGAUUGAUCUGGACCCAGGGAAAGAUGAGGAUGACCUCCUGCUUGAACUAUCUGAAAUGAUUGACAGCUGAACCAGACUUAUACUUACCUUUUAAAACAAAAAACAUUUUAAACUCUAUUUUGUUGGAUACCCAAGAUAAACCUUUUUCUUCUAUAUGAGGCUUUGCCACAAGUCUUUAAGUACACUUGAACUGAUAGAAAUUGGCAAUAUCUGCACUCAAUUGUCGUUAAUUUCCCUGCAGGUCAGAGUUAAGAGCCUGUGUACGCAUCCUGUUUCCACAGGCGGCUAUUUUGAAUAUGUGAGGACAAAGCACUUCAGAGUUUCAGGCCAGAAAGAUCCUGGAGCCCAUCUAUAAAGCCUGGGGGUGUAAACUUCUUCCACUGAUUUAAGGCUGUGAAGGCUUUAAAAAAAAAUUUUUUUUUUUUCUCAGCAAGGUGUGCAAAACUCAGUGUGUUUCAAAGCUUUUGGCAACUCUUGAGUUGUAUUUGUCCUUCUUGUUUUAACAUUCUAGCAAAAAAUAAUGAAAAAGUGGGGAGAGAAGGAUAAUUACUACAGUAAUGUGGGCCAAACAUACUGCCAAAGGUGCGGGAUCGGGUUAGUCCAUCCAGCCUUACUUCCUUUUAAUUAUCAGGGACAACACAAUAUCAGUAUGGAAAGCAGCAGCUAUAC